AUGACGGAUGGUGAUUAUCUUAUCAAGGAGGAAGAACCUUCCAACAAUCACUGGGAAGAUCUCCUCCGUAGGAUGUUACCGGCCGGCGCUCCGUUACCGGACGAAGAUCAACUCGAUUACUCCAUUUCCGUCCAAUACCAACCCCCCACCCAUCCUUACCAAUCCCUUUCCGGAAACACCAAUCCCGUACCCAUCAUCAAGAGUUCAACAUUCACCAAACCCCGAAAAAUUCCUCAACAUAAUCACAAGUAUAGUACUGCUACUACCAAUUUGGCUGCUUCUGUUGUCAGUCUCGUUUCCGACACCGGAGAAGAUGAAGUUUCUGAUGUCGUCAGUUUCGACACUACCCAAGAAGAAGAAGAUGAACACGAAGAUAAUAAUGGUGGCGAGGAUAACAACGAUAAUGCGUUAUCUACGAGUGUUACUGCUUCGCCAGUCGUGGAAACUGGUAAGAUUAAGAAGAAGAAGAAGAAGAACAUUUGUAGCAGGUGUUUGAAAGGUAACAGGUUGAGAGAAAAGGAAGAUUGCAUCGUCUGCGAUGCGAGAUAUUGUAGCAACUGUUUGCUAAAGGCAAUGGGAUCGAUGCCUGAAGGGCGGAAGUGUGUGGGUUGUAUUGGGCAACCUAUUCGUGAAUCAAGAAGGCAGACUCUUGGCAAAUGUUCCAGGAUGUUGUCCAAGGUUUGUAGCCCUUUGGAGGUCAGACAGAUAAUGAUGGCUGAAAAAGAAUGCUCUGCAAAUCAGCUUCGUCCAGAGCAGCUUGUUGUUAAUGGCAGACAGUUGCAGCAGGAGGAUAUGGAUGAGCUUUUGGGUUGCCCUGUUCCUCCAUUGAAGUUGAAACCCGGAAGCUAUUGGUAUGAUAAGGAUUCUGGACUUUGGGGGCAGGAAGGGGAGAAGCCUGAUAGGAUCAUAAGUUCAAAAUUGAAUGUGGGCGGUAAGCUUCAGGUGGAUGCAAGCAAUGGAAACACACAAGUUUACAUCAAUGGUCGUCAAAUCACAAAAGUUGAGCUCAGAUUUCUGAAGCUGGCAAAGGUUCAAUGUCCACAAGGGACACAUUUCUGGCUCUAUGAUGAUGGAUCAUAUGAGGAAGAGGGUCAAAAUAAUAUUAAAGGGAACAUUUGGGGAAAGGCGUCGACUCGGUUCAUUUGUUCAUUGUUCUGUUUGCCUGUGCCGCAUGAACAUUCCCAUGGGUCGAACAAUGACCCUAGUACAUUCUUAAGUAAGUCUAUGCCUCAGAAUUUGGAGCAUGGAAGAGUUCAGAAGCUUAUGCUUUUUGGGUUGGAAGGAUCUGGGACAAGCACUGUUUUCAAGCAGGUGAGGUUUUUAUAUGGAGACAAGUUCUCCCCUGAGGAAUUGCAGAAUCUGAAGCUUAUGAUACAAAGUAACAUGUACAGAUAUGUUAGUGUCUUGCUUGAGGGGCGAGAGCGUUUUGAAGAGGAAGCGUUGAUGGAAGAAAAACCAUCUUUUUCAGGCAAUCAAGACUCUGUUCAAGGUGGUUCAAAACUUGACAGAAGUACACGAUGUGUCUACUCCCUUAACCCAAAAUUUAAGCAUUUUUCUGAUUGGUUAUUGGAUAUAUUGACGAUGGGGGAUUUUGACAAUUACUUUCCUGCUGCAACUCGCGAGUAUGCUCCUCUAGUAGAUGAAAUUUGGAAGGAUCCCGCUAUUCAAGAAACUUACAAGCGAAGGCACGAGCUGCAUCAUCUUCCGGAUGUUGUCAAAUAUUUUCUGGAUCAGGCUAUUGAGUUAUCAAGCAAUGAUUAUGAACCAUCAGAGAAGGACAUUUUAUACGCUGAAGGAGUAACUCCCAGCAACGGUCUUUCCUAUCUGGAUUUCUCGUUCAAUGAUCGCAGCCCCAUGUCUGAAAUACAUGAUGAAAACGGUCCAUCUCCUUUGGUCAAGUACCAGCUAAUCCGCAUGAGCACAAAGGGAAAACCAUUCGACACUUGCAAAUGGCUAGACAUGUUUGAAGACGCACGGGUGGUCGUAUUCUGCAUCGCGUUAAGCGACUACGACCAGGUGUGGUCCCACGGUGGCAAUGGCAUCAUGGAAAACAAGAUGUUAGCGAACCGAGAUUCAUUCUCGAGCCUAGCAAGACAACCAUGUUUUGCAGACACCCCAUUUGUACUCAUCCUGAACAAAUACGACAUCUUUGAGGACAAAAUCAGUCGAAUCCCAUUGACCGUUUGCGAAUGGUUCAGUGGGUUCGGACCCUUGAAACCGCAACACAAGCAGCAGUCACUGGCUAACCAGGCUUACUAUUAUGUGGCCAUGAAGUUCAAAGAGCUCUAUGGGUCCAUAACUGGUAGGAAGCUUUUUGUAUGCCAAAGUGUGGGUAGGGAAAGUGGGUCUGUGGAAGAGGCAUUGAAGUAUAUUAGAGAAGUGAUUAGAUGGGAUGAAGAAAGGGAAGAAGAUGUUUAUGGGAUUAAUGUUGAUGGGGAUGAUGACUCAUUAUACACCACUCAAUUUGAGUGUAGAUAAUCAAGUAGAAAAUAUGAAUGAUUUUAUGAUAUUUUUUAAUGGGAUUUUGAGAUGG